GACCUUAUCAGCUCCCCAUCACAGCGAGACCCUCUCUGGAGACAAUACAAAGCCAAAGGAGAGGCAAGACGAGUGAAAUCCAGCGAGCGCUUGGAUGACCCAUCUUCACAAUGACGACUACUAAAGCCUAUGGAUUCUCUACAGGUAUGACUGCCAACACUGACGAUUACGACUACUUAAAUAUCACGGAAUAUGAAGAUUCAGCUGCCCCCUGCAGCCUGAGUGAGGUUUGGCAAUUUACUCAACUCUAUGCUCCAGUGGCCUACAUCCUGGUCUUCAUAUUGGCUUUGGUGGGGAACACACUAGUGCUGUGCGUGGUCCGCCGCUACCGACGAUCCCGCCACUCCCCCUGCUCCUUUUCGCUCACCGACACUUUCCUGCUGCACCUGUCCAUCUCCGACCUCCUCCUGGCCUUGAUCCUGCCCUUCUUUGCUGUCCAAUGGACCCACGAGUGGGUGUUUGGUGUUGGAGUAUGCAAGGUGGCAGGGGCGCUAUUUUCCCUGAACAUUUACUGCGGCGUGCUCUUCUUAGCCUGCAUCAGCUUCGACCGCUACUUAGCCAUUGUCCAUGCUGUUCAAACUGGUUGGAGGCGCAACACCUGCCUGGCCCAGGUGGCUUGUGCAGUGAUCUGGGUCUGCUGCUUGGGCUUGUCCGCGGUGGACAUCCAGUUCCGGACUGUGGUGCAGCUGCAAGGGCAUGGUCGAUUAGUGUGCCUCAUACAGUAUUCCACGGAAAGUUCAGACAAGUGGCAGCUAGCCAUGCAACUGCUAAACCUGAUCUUGGGUUUUGGGCUCCCCCUGUUGGUCAUGCUGUACUGCUACAUCCGCAUCUUUCGGUCACUUUGCAGCACCAGCUCUCGGCGGCAGAAGAGACGGUCCCUCAGGCUCAUCAUAACUCUGGUGAUGGUCUUUCUGGUCUGCUGGGCACCCUACAAUGCCCUGAAGAUGACAGACAGUCUGCUAAAGCUGGGGUUGAUUAGUCAAACCUGCAGCUUGAACCAUGCGUUGGACAUUGGCAUUGUGGUGACGGAGAGUUUAGGACUGUCCCACUGCGCCUUCAACCCUCUGCUCUACGGCUUUGUGGGCGUCAAGUUCCGCCGUGAGCUCGCUCAGAUGUGCAAGGCGCUGCUGGGGUGCGUUGGCCUGCCCAGGUGGACUCGGAGUCAAGGGUCAAGCCGCAGGACAACAGGCUCCUUCAGCUCCGUGGAAAGCGAGAACACCUCCUACUUCUCUGUGAUGGCCUAAGAUUGAUGAGUGUUGGACAUAAGUGGUCAUCUGUGGAGGUAGAGGGCAAAAAUAGAGACACAAAAAAGGCCAGCAACAGACAAUUGUGGUGCCUGGGAGGCGCUGCAGCUGUCCCUAAAAUAUGCUUAGCCAUUUCCAGGAAUUCAGGUAAAAUUAGCAUACUGCUCUCAGUCACACCACUGUUUUAAAAAAACAGUUUGCUUUUUAUAUUUUUACAGUGGCAGCUGCCUUUUACAUUGUACAAACAUUUAAUGAAGUAAUGGUGCAAAAUUACUUAAAUUAGCAGUAUUAUUUAAGUAGCUUGCUUUGCCUGUAUAGUAGCUUGCAUAGGGUAUAAAGCGUAUAAAGUGGAACUGUGUUCUCAGGUGUCAUGGAGCUCCAUCCAAUACCUUUGGGAUGAGUUGGAAUUCCAGAGCUGACCAUCCAACAUCAUUGUGGCUGAAUGCAAUCAGAUCCUCACAGCAAUAUUCCAACGUCUAGUGUAAAGUCAUCGAAGAGUUGAAGAGUAGAGUCUGUUGCUGCAGCAAAGGGGGGAAACUCCCUAUGAACAUAGGGAUAUAUAUAUAUACAUAUUGAAUAUCCUUGAUUUCAGAAGGUAUGGUGGGGUCUAAAAGCUAUUGGAUGUGCAUUAUUCAAUGGGCCAACUGAUAAUAAUAAUAAUAAAAAAAAAGAAAGCUUCAGUGGAUUACAGUCCAUAGAAGUGAAAAGAAAAUGGAUGCAAGUAGUAAGACACACUCUUAAAGUGGGUCUUCAAGUGUUCUCUGUAGGUAAUGGUUGGAUAUAGUACUCUUAACACUUAGCCAUUUUUCCACUGCACACUCAAAAGCAAGCAAUGACCAACAAGAGAACCAACAGAACUUACUUAUCUGGUUCUGCUUUAUUUCCCACCUAAAACCGGCUAAAACCAUCAUAAUAACCACAACGAAUGAUUUAAAACUGUCUUUUGGUCAUUUAAUGCCAGUCUAAAGCAUCGGAUUUGGCUAAUUAGCUUCCUUGUUUGUUAGCUUAACUUACUGGCUGACAAGAAAUGACAAGUGCACUGUUCUUUGUGCAGACGCUCACUAAAAUGUCUACAUUUACACAGAAUCGUCUAUAGAGUCAAGCAAAACUUAAGCUGUUCUCUUGACAGUGAAAAUAUUAACAAAAACAAUCAUGGAGGCUAGCACCAAUGCUAAUAACAUUAGUCCUAGCUCCCUGACUAGCUGUAUCAACUUUGGGACCGCUUCAUGAAGUAAUUAUUUCAGAAAAACAGACGAAUUGAGACAUCAACAUGUUCUAGCCUACAUUUAGGUCCGUUUGGCGAUGAAAUAGUGGUGACUUUGUCCUCGCUUGGAGGGGUAAAGUAUAUGCUAAGUUCUUAUUGUCUUCAGCUGCAAGUGUCACGCAGGAGCGCUCCCUUGAGUACUAUUGUGUCCUGUUGGUGCUAAUCAAGAGCAGGUACCAAAAACCAUACAGCUAGAACCUUCAGAACUGGACCAAUGGGCAAUGGAAAAAAAGAACAUUUGUAGUUCUUUGGUGCUAAAGGCUUCGUUAUUGUGUAUUGAAAACCUGUUGUAUAGAUUUUUUAAAUGGUUCUAUAUGCCAACCAUUGUUACAAUAUGGUUUGUGGGUACUAUGUAGAACCCUUUUUUGCCAGUCGGGUAGCUGAUAUGUUGACUGUUUGGCUCGUACAUUGAUUAACUAAACUGCUAAUUCAUAGGUGAUAUACAAACUACUGUGUUUUUCUUUGCCUGGUUAUGUAAUGUCGUAAUAUGGCUGUGGGCUUUCACUGCCUGGCAGUGAACUACAUACAGACAAAGAAGUGGUUUCUUUGACUGUGGCAUGGUGGUGAUGUCAUUUGGCUUGUGGGAGAGGAUUUUGUCAGAGAUGGUUAGUAUGAAGUUUGGAUGUAAUGGCUUAGUCUAUUAUGCAUAGACUAUUAAGUCUAUUAUGAAUCACUGUUUUUUGUUUUUUUUUUGCAGUGCAAACACAAGCUACAGUUAAACACUUGGAUGCUAGUUAAUCACUUGUAAUAUCUCCAAGAUUGUGUUUUAUUAUUUGAAAAACAUAUAUGAUAUGGCCAAAAGUAUGUGGACACCCAAGCAUCACAACUAUAUGAGCAUUUUUGGACAUGAAUAUGGAGUUGUGCCCCCUUUGCAGUUAUAACAGCUUCCACUCUUCUGGGAUGUUUUUUUCAAGAUUUUGGAGCGUGUCUGUGGGAAUUUGUGCCCAUUUGUGAGAGCAUUUGUGAGGUCAGGCACUGGAAGAGAGGGCCUGGCUCACGAUUGACUUUCCAGUUCAUCCCAAAGGUGUUCAGUGGGGUUGACGGUCAGGGCUCUGGAGCUCAGGGACACAGUCAUGUUCUAACGUGACUUCCCCAAACUACUGCACAAAGUUAGAAGCAUGUAACAAUCUAUAAUGUGUUUAUAGGCUGGAUCAUUAACAUCACCCUUCACUGGAAAUGAAAAGCCUGAAAACCAGCCCCAGCCCUUUAUCCCUCCUCCACCAAACUUUACUGUUGGCACUAUACAUUUUAGUAGGUAGCGUUCUCCUGGCAUCUGCUAAACCCAGAUUCGUCUAUCAGACUGCCAGGUAGUGAAGUGUGAUUCAUCACUCCACAGAGCAUGUUAGCACUGCCCUGGAGUCCAGUGGGCUUUAUGCCACUCCAGCCGACGUUUGGCAUUGUACAUAGUGGUCUUAGACUUGUGUGCAGCUGCUCAGCCAUGGAAAUUCAUUUCAUGAAGCUCCCAGGUUCUCAGGUUUUGCAUUUAAUUUGCAUGCUGAGGUAGUUUGGAGCUCCAUAGCAAGUGAUGCAACUGAGAAUAAGCAAAUUUAUUGUGCUUAUUUACCACAGUUUGACUACUGUAAUGUGUUGCCCUGCACUGUAAAAAACUAAAUUUACUGUUAUUUACUGGCAGCAGUUGAGAGGUAGUUUCUGAGAGAGGCAGAUUAAGCUUGAGCUGUACUGUUUUAAACUCAACGUAGUUUGAAUGUGAAUGUACACCACCGUUAGCUUACUGCUAUCAUGACUGCAAAUCACUAGCUGAAAUUAGCGUUAUCAUCACAGUGCUAAUCACAUACUUAGAAAGAAGAAAGAUACCUAUAAAGUGAAAGCUCCUGAUCCAUUAAAAUAAAAACAAAUGUAAAUAAAUAAAAACAAAAAACAACAUUAAACUGCUGUGAAGAUAAUAAUAAUUUGUUGCUUCAGAAAAGUAGGUUUGGCAGCCAGUUUCACAUUAAACAUUUAAGUGUAAACACAUUACUUACUGGAUUGAAGUCCAUUAGUGUUGAAAUUCAUGUAGAAAUUAUGUAGAAAUACUAUCAGUUAAGGCCUUGCUUAUGAUAUUUCAAGCUCCUAAUGACUUACAUCACACAUUUAUUACUGAUCUGAUUAUGCAUUGUAGCUCAUUUAGACAAAUGUUACUGCAAACUCCUAAGAGCUCUCACAGCUCAGUUGGUGGAACAUCUUUUACAUACACAGCUUCAACAGAAUUAAGAACGCAAGCUCUUAGAUGUUUUAAAUCCAGAUUAAAAACAUAUUAGUUAAGGCCAACUUAGGCCUAGAAGUAUUGUGGCUGAUUUUCUAUUGUUUGUAAUUGUGAUGUUGUACUUGCAUUCAGUUUUGUAAAUGAAAAGUGUUACAUAAAUAAAGAUUUAUUUUUAUUAUUAGUUCAA